AUGGAACGAAUGAUUGGAAAUUUGGGUCAAGAAAUUUGUCAGCCCUCGAAUCCUUUUGCAAACCUCUCACAAGAAGUAGUUCGACGCUGCCACAUUAAUACCCUUCUCUCCAUAAUGCCUGAGCUCGACAAUUUACACCAAGGCCUUCCAAAUGGUUCUGUUGAUUUAGGAGAUGGGUAUGUGCUUCUUCGCAAACGAGAACGAUAUGCGAAACUCCCAGACGGUGCAGAUGCACAAGCAAUC